AUGUGGUUUGUGCCGGGCCAGACUGAGACCGCGUCACCCCGUGCUGAAUCCAAGGAUUUCGAGGGCCCACAAAACGAGAAGAACGGGGAGGAUUGGCGCAACCAGGCUGAGGGCUUAUGGCAGAUGCUGCAGCAGGACAAGGAAGCCACCUGGGCACUGGCGGAUGACCGCCUGUGGCGGGAGGCGCCAGAAGAGGCGUGGAGAGCAGACGCUUGGGCGCGAAGAGAAGCCUUGCCAAAGACGCGGCUUGAGCCACGGAGCCUGGCGGAUCUGGCUGAGCUGGCCAAUGAAACCUCGGAAUCUUGGGAGGAUUUGUGGGAUGAAGAUCCAGAUGAGGCAUUGAAGGCAGAAGCCUGGGCGAAGGCUGAAGCAGAGGAGCUGCCCAUCGACGCGCUUAGGGAGGAGAUCCUGCAAAAGGUGCGGCGGAGCCGGGCCAACGUCUUGGUGGGCGCCACGGGCUGCGGCAAGUCCACACGGCUCCCGCAAUUCAUCCUGGCGGAGCCGAAGAGCCGAGUGCUGGUCACCCAGCCCCGGCGCGUGGCGGCCGUGGAGAUUGCCAAGCGCGUGGCCAAAGAGCGGGGCGAGCGGUUGGGCAAGAAUGUGGGGUACCGGAUCUCCGGUGAGAGCGUGGGCACCGGGUGCAAGCUGCAGUUUGCCACCAUAGGCUAUGUGCUGACCUGGUUCCUGGGCAAGCCGGAGCAGUUUGCCAGCUUCAGCCACAUCAUCAUUGAUGAGGUGCACGAGCGCGGGACCGACAUGGAGCUAUUCCUUCUGCUCACCAAGCUGCUGAUGUACUACUUCCCCGGCCCCAAGGUGAUCCUCAUGUCAGCCACCUUGCAGCCUGAAGAGUUCAGUCAGUACUUCUCCGACUUUGAGGUCGGAGAGACAAUCACAGUGCCAGGACGGACCUUUCCAGUCCAGGAGCUCUUUCUGGACGACCUCGCGGAGAACCCGACGCUCCCUUCCUCUGUCCUGACACUUGCCCAGGCGGCGGCGGAGCUUUUUGACCUCAAGGAGGGCGAUCUCAUGACACAGCCAACCGUUCCGCCUGGCCUUCCAGAACUGGCGGUGGAGCUGGUACCCCACUUCGCCAAGAAGGACUCCACCUUGCUGGUCUUCCUGCCCGGAAUGAUGGAGCUGAACAACUUGUCGGAGUUGUUCUCCUCAUCGAAGGCUUUGGCUACCAGCGCGCGGCCAAACAGGGACUCGCCAAUCAGCUACAAAGUCUUCGUCCUGCACUCCGUGGUGCCGCGAUCGCAGCAGGACGAGGUGUUCCACCCGCCCACAGGUGGGAGAUGCCACAUUGUUCUGGCUUCAAACAUUGCGGAGUCCUCCCUCACGCUGCCGAAAGUCACCACCGUGCUGGACUUCGGCUUGCACCGCGAGCCGGUCUACGACGCCAAACAGGGCCUGACGUACCUUUCUACCACCUGGUGUUCCCAUGCGUCUGCGCGGCAGCGCGCAGGGCGUGCUGGGCGAACCCAGCCGGGCAUUGCCAUUCGCCUGCUUCCGCGUCGUUUCUAUGAGGAGCGGAUGCCGGAGUUCGACACCCCGGAAGUCCAGCGGACCUCCAUGGCACGGCUGUUCCUCCGCGCCAAGAAGCUCUCGCAGGUGCUUCAACGCAUUUCCUCGAGGUAUUCUGGGCAGUGCUCGGUGGAUGUGAGUUGUGCCCGGACACUGAUAGGCUCACUGCCGCAGCCGCCGAGCAAGAUGCUGCUCAGAGCUGCUGUCAAGGAGCUGGCGAACACCGGCGCACUCUCAGCGCCAGACGAGGCAGCAGAGAUCACCUCCCUAGGCAUGUUUAUGGACGGCUUGCCGCUUGAAGCAAGCUUGAGUCGGCUUGUGUGGUUCGGCAUGCUCUGGGGCUGCACCGCGGAAGCGCUGAUCAUGGCUGCAGGGUGCAGCUGCGCAGAUCCCUUCAAUAGCCCCAGCAGGAGCUAUGCGGAGAGCGACGACGCAUACCUGUCCAGCCUGCGCCUCUCCUGGAUGGCCCGGCGCCGCUUCGACGGCGGACACUUCUCCGAGCCCAUCAUGCUGUUGCGCCUUUUUGCCUUCUGGGCGGAGACCAUGCAGCAAUUCUCAGAAGAUCCAGGUCGCACCGCCUAUCAGAAGGCCUUAAACUUCCUGGAAGAGCGCGCAGAUGUGCACCCCGGGAGGUUUCAGCGCCUGCUGCUCACCCUGGCCGACCUGGCGGACCGCGCCAAGCUGCUGGUGCCGCCGGGGGACCUGCGCACUGCCCAGCGCGCCAGGGAGGACCUGGACUCUCUGCUGGCCUUCCUCCACGGGGAUGACGUGCGCGCAACGCGUUUUCUGCGUACAAACGCGGACACGCUGCGGGCAUUGCUGGCAGCGGCCUUUUGCGAUCAGCUUCUGGUCGGCCGGCGGUUCUUGGAUCAGAUGCGCGGGCCUUCCAAGUCCAAGCGCCCCACUGGAAGCAGCGUGUCCUACGGCAAGAGCGAGAGCGAGGAGGCGCUCUCCUUUGAUCAUCCAGUGGAUGAGACCAAGGAGGUUUUGCUGAACAUUGACGCGGUUGACCUGCGAGACGAGCUGGACGCCCUGGACGAGGACCACCAGCAGGAGGAAGACGAUGAAGAGAGCGCAGAAGAGGGAGAUGAGGAGGGCGAGGACGAGGAAUUCGAGGAUGACGAGGAUGACAAGGAUGACGAUGAGAUAGUGUCAGGCGAGGAAGAGUCGACCGGCAAGCGGCUUCCUUGGAAGAAGGCCCGCGACGAGAUGCUCUGUGCGGUGAACUCCCUGCCGGUGAAGGGGCGCAAGGUCCACCAGCGUGUGAUGGUGGCCAAGCUGCCCGUUGCCGCGGACACUGGAGGGGUCAGCAUUGAGAGGCUCCCUGAGCUGGUUCAGAAGCUCUCGGGCAAGGUGCCCCAGCACCUCACCCGCAAGGGCAAGCUCUCUGAGUACGCUGCGGCAUGCUUUCGACCGGAGGUUGUCCAUGAGCUGGCCGUCUCCGCGGGCCCUUCGCCUUUGCGGCCUCCCGUGCUGGCUGGGGCCACCCCCUCCGCGAGCAUUUGCUACGCGUUUAGCAUGGGGAGUUGGCUCAUUGACUUCGAUGGGGUGCAAAUGGCUCGACCCAGCUCGCCGUAUCAACUCACCUUCUUCCUCCCGGAGCGGAACACCUCUGCAGAUGAGGAGAAACAGCAACUGGUACAAGGAGUACUUGAAGUUCGCAAUCCUGUAGGCUUCCCUUGCCAUGUGAAUCAUGGAGACGACUUCUUCUGCACGGCCUCCAAAAUGGACCUGCUGGGCUCGAGGACUGCUGUGCGAACUGGUGGGGUGACUAUCUUUAGAGCAGUCGAGAUCCUUUUUGCGUUGGCUGCUCUCUGCCCUGAGCGCAGCUUCCUGUCCCUGCGCUUGGGCUCUGGGCCGGCAGGCAUGGGCACUGACGAGUCCGAUGAACACAUCACAGCAGUCAAGCUCCUGGGCUGGGAGCUGAGCCUCCUGGGGGACGACCGCGCGGAGGGCGCGGGGCUGCCCUUUGACCGCGCCAUGGAGGCGGUGCUGGCCGUGCGGGCGAGCAUUAAGGAGGCGAUGAAGCUGAGAGAAGACGAGCCAGUUGGCGACGCGAAGCCGCGCAGUCUUCAGACAGGGAGGCUCGAAGUGACGCCUCGAGCGGUGCUGGAGAACUUGGUGGAUGUCGUGAGAGAGGCCCACAAGAGAUUUUCCUCCUCUAUCCAGCCUACUAUGCGGAUGGGCGUGGCCAGAGGCAAAGUUCGCAAAAAGAGGGCCAAGGAGGCGCGCUGGGCGGAACUGCUGCUUUCUGGCGAGGACACUGGCUAUGUGGACUUCCUCAGGCCCUGGGAGCUUUCCAGGGAUCCGGCAGUCGCUGCAGCGCGGCGCGCGCGCCUGAAUUCUAAGCGGCCGCAGUUUCAAUGCCCGGUGUGCCAGGAGGUCUUCGUGCGUGCCAAAGCAUGUCAGAAGCACCUCAAGAAAAGCGGCCAUUUGGGCUGCAAGGAGGGCCAGUCUUGGAGGAGCCUCAUCAAGGAGCGAUGCCUGAUAGAAGCAGCUGUGCCGGUCGCCGCGACGUAG